AUGGAGGGUCAUCAUCUUCAUCGCCACCAAGGGCAACAACAACAAAGGGUUCAGCCUCAGAAUAUGAGUGCCAGCGUGGAUGUGACUGAUAGGUUCCCCCAAUGGAGCAUCCAAGAGACCAAGGAGUUUCUCGUGAUUCGUGCAGAGCUGGAUCAGACUUUCAUGGAGACCAAGAGGAACAAGCAGUUGUGGGAAGUGAUCUCAACAAGAAUGAAGGAAAAGGGUUACCAUAGAAGUGCAGAGCAGUGCAAGUGCAAGUGGAAAAACCUUGUUACCCGCUACAAGGGGUUCGAAACAAUGGAGCAAGAAGCAACGAGGCAGCAAUUCCCAUUUUACAAUGAAUUCAAUGCGAUUUUCACGGGAAGGAUGCAGAGAAUGCUUUGGGCUGAAGCUGAGGGUGUAUCGAAGAAGAACAAAGGGACGCAGCUCUCAUCGGAUGAAGAAGAAGAUGGCAAUGAAGAGAGUACAGAAGCUGGUGGGGGCAGAAAGAAGAAAAAGGCGAAGAUAGCUAGUGGGGGUGGUGGUGGUAGUGGUAGUAGCAGUUCAAACAGUUUGAAGGAGAUCUUGGAGGAGUUCAUGAGGCAACAGAUACAGAUAGAAUCACAAUGGAUGGAAGCAUUUGAGGCAAGGGAGAAUGAGAGGAGGUUGAAGGAGAUGGAGUGGAGGCAAGCCAUGGAGGUGUUGGAGAAUGAGAGGAUACUGAUGGAAGAAAGAUGGAGAGAACGGGAGGAACAAAGGAGGAUAAGAGAAGAAGCUAGGGCUGAGAAGAGGGAUGCUCUAAUUACAGCUUUGCUAAACAAGCUAGAAAGGCAAGAAAUGUGA